AGCAACGCUUCUUGGAUACGAGGUAACGGAAGCGCGCUUACUCUGGCGGACAGGCAACAACAACAUGGAGUCUCAAGAGAGGUGGAGGUCUUCUGGUCAGUUGCUACAAGACGUAGGUGUGAGUCAAUCUGUAGGAGAAACACCUACAGACCCACCGGGAGCUGAGAGUCAUCACAGAGCCAUGCAGGACCAGAAGCUCACAGCAACUGAUUGGGAACUUCAGCAACUUGGGGGGGCGUCUCAGCAGCUCGAUUUUCAGGAUAGUCACUUGUCACCAGCCCUUUCUCUGCUGCCAUCAAACUCCGGAGUGCAACACAACUUCACCGAAUAUUCUCUUUUUCAACAAAGUGACCUGGAAUUUGCUCCUUUAAGAGCAUCACUAGACAUUUCUGCUGCAUCUGAGAGGUUCCACGUUCCACCACAUGGCCGCACCUCCCAGGCCUCUGAGCAUGCCUCACUGUCCCACUCCCCCCAGGCCCAAAUAACUGUCCUGUCUGAGGACGGAGCAAGCAGCUGCUGUUCUCUCUCCCAGCACAGUAUGUCACCAGGGGACGAGGGCAGACAGAGGCAGAUAGUUCGUUCUCCACCAGGUGAUGAUGGGCAGGGAACACGUUCUGUUGAUGGUAAAGGUUCCAAAGAAGAGGAUGGUCAAAUGCUGACUGCGCCUCCAGACAAGCCAGUAGGGGAGGCUUCUGAAGAGGACACAUUUUUUCUGAGUGAGGAUGUUUCUGCCGAGCACCUGCUGGACCUCCUGCAGAAAGACGUUGGCAUGCCAAGCAGCAGCAGUAGUGCUGUUUCCUCUGCCUCAGAGACUUCUCUGAAGAGGACGGCAUCCUUUGGUGGAGUGUCUAAAAGUGCCAAGGUUUCCAAACCACACGCUGAUCGAAGGGCAGAGAGAAGAGAAGGUCCUCCAGGUUCUCUUUCCCAGCAGCAGACACAACAACCUCAAAAAUACUCUGACCCAGACAAAACACUUCCACGGUUAUUUGAGGUCCCCAACAUCAGUGUAGGUUCCCGCAGCACUCAACCCGACGACAGCAGUGAAGCAUUGCACAGAGAGCUGCUCUCUGAGGCAGGGAGGCACAGCAGAAGUGAAGCUGAAUCUAAAGCCUCACAGCAGGGAAGUGAUAAACCAGACUACGAGCCCCUUACCCUGAAUGCUCCUGAGAUGUCCCAAGAGGAGCAAAGCAUGGCCAGAAAAAACCUGGCUUGCAGUUCUGAGACAGCAUCACAGUUUUCAGCAGGUUAUAGUGUGGACCGAGGCCACAGAGAAAGGGACCUAUGGUCCUUGGGGAAUCAAACAGGAAUCGAUGGGUCCUACCUAGGUUUUCUCCCACAGUCCCAGUCCACUCCAAGUGUUUUUAAUGCACCACCCAAAUCCAGUGUUAAGGCUCCACUAGGGCGACUUUCUGCUAUAGAAUCCAAAAUGGAAGACUCACAUCAGUCAAGCACAAGAGUCUCCCCACAGCCAGCUCGUGCUGAUCUUGAAGCUGUUGCUGACCUGGAUGCCGAUCACCCUGGCACAGAAAUGCCACACAAAGAGGACACUGCCUCUGGAAAAAUCCAGGCUCUUCCAAGUCUCAACUAUAUGCAGAAGGUAGAUGCUUGGAGGGCCAAUCAGAGUUCAGGCGGGAUCUCACUGUUUGAUAAACUGGCUCUGCAAGGCUUUUCUGGCAUGCCUCCUAAGCAGAGAGCCUACAAUGCAGUCUCUGACUCCCUGAAUUUCAUCCUUAGUCAGCAGAGACAGAGUGCUCAACAGUCUCCUGUUUCAAGUGCUAACAACCAGAAUGUCACACAAAGCUCCUCCAUGACUCGCUCAGGCUCUUCCUCUCCCAGGCGUGGGGAGGCAGUUGGUAGUGCUCCCAGUGACAAGGAGGACACUGGGUCUGCAGCACAGCCCUCUGGUUCUCCCCUCGGCAGGUCACAGUCCCACUCUUCUCUCAGCACGGUUGUCACAUCAAUCCAAAAAAGUCAACGGGCAGACAGACUGGCAGAAGAAGAGAGGAGUCAGAGGCAUGAAGAUGCCUCUCAGCAGCCGAGUGCAAUGGUUCAGCCUUCACCUCUCAUGAGCCUCGGUCGGUUCAGUGAUGUGUCUUUCGAAAGAGAUGUGAGUGGGACACUCUCAAAUUCCCAAGACAGCUACAACAGUGGACAGAAUUUUGGAGCCUCAGUUGGAGCUUCGUCUGUCAUCAGCCUGGAGGUUGAUAACUAUGCUCCGCAUUGGAGCUCAAAACCAUCAUCACCACCUCCUCUGCCCAGAUCACAAGAACUGAACAUUGAAGAAAGAAUUCCGUUGUAUCUCCAGAACCUGGGAAUUGACCAGUCUCCCUCAACAAUCUUGACUCCUUUUGCACCCAGAGGACCAAUCAGAGAGCCUGAAUUCUCUCCCACUGAUUUCUGUACAAUUAAGGGAUCAAUUGGGACCCCAACCAAGAGCGCUCAACCCUCCGAAGGUGGCAGUCCCCAUAAAGGAGAGUUUUCCCGGUCCAGCUUGCUGUCAGUGGACUCCAGUAUUUCUAUACCGCUAAGCAUGGAUAGUCUCUGUCCUGCAGUGUCCUUCCCAGAGCAGACAAGGGCUUCUCCUGCAUCAGACACAGCAGCCAGCAGCCGGAGAACAGCGCCCAGCUCACAGCCCCAAAACACCUCCCAUCUUCUUGAACUGCAGCCCAGCCAGCGGAAGGAGAGCAGCUGUGCCAGCAGCCACAAUACCAUCCAACUUGGAGACAAGUUUGACUCUGACAGCGCCUUGAUUACAGAUACUAGGUGCAGAGAUAGAGACUUGGAGUCUUCCCUGCAUGCAAGCACUGAGGAUUCCUUUGGUAGCACCAGGGCCUUGCAUGAGAUCCGUAAAUUACUCAGCCAGGCAGACAAAAUUGUAUCAGGUGUGCCCUCAAUGGCUUCCUCAACCUCAUCUGCAGCGUCCUGUCCACACUCUGAUGACGACAUAUUCCUUUCACUGAGAAGGAAAACCGGCUCAUUCCAGCACUCCUCUUUCACCUCCUCCUCUGUUGCUGAGGGCCCGACAGCUGGUUCCUCCUUGCUGUGGACCCGCUCCUCCUCCGACUCCAUGCUGACCUCAGAGAGGCUGAAGGGAAGCUCUGUUGGUCGUGAGAGUACAACAUCAUCUGGGCAGCCAGAUGCAUCCACUCAAGCCUUCAAUGCUGCACGGGCCACAAAUACAUGCAUGAGGCCACAGAGUGCUGGUGCAUCAUCCCUCGUUCUUUCUAAAUCAGCUCGGCGAACAGAGCCAGAGGGCUGCAGUGCCGCUCCUCCAGACAACACAGGUCCGCCGCAGCUGCCAGUCAUCAAACCUUCACCAGCUGUAAACAAACCACAGCCCACCUCGAGUCCCAGAGAGCCAGCAGCUGUCCCCGAGAAGGAGGAGGUCGGGACCACACAGGGAGGUCCUGUAGAAAGUAGCUCCUCCUCUCCCAUCCUUGGAGACCCUGACGAGGUGGUGAUGAGUGACGGGAGCAGCGACAGCUCCCUGGCAUUGAGAGUUGCCAAGUUACUGCAGAGUGAAUCUCCAGCUACCAUGGUGUCCAGCACACCCAGCACCACUGACCAGGAGAGCAAGGCCAGAGAGUGGAUUAAGCUGAAGGUGUCAGGACAGCAGUGUGAGCCUCUUGUGCUGGACAUAGAGGACAGAAAGCGGAUCGAAGAGAUCAAACGGGAGCUCCUUUUCAAAAACCCCAUAAUGAGUCAGGGCAGCACUGAUACAGAGGGCAGUGCGGUGUCUAGUCUCAGAGACCCAGAGGUGCAGGCACCGUCCCAUUCAGCAGACAUGUGCACUGCUCUGAGGCCUGGGGAGGACUGGCCGUCCCACCAGCAGCUGCAGAGCCUCAACACCGCCGUGUUUGACUCCAGCGGGCAGCGCCAUAUCCCCCUCCAUCUGGAUUUAGAGGCUCAGGUGCGGGAGAUUGCUGCCAGAGAAGGAGUUACCCUCCCGAAAGGCAACCCUCCAGCCCUCACGUCCAUCACCAUCUCCACCUGCAGGCGCUCCACCUCCCCCUCUCCCUCCUCUUCCCCAGUUCCUCCUCUCAGCCUGUCAUCUGAGCCUCUCCACCUGACCCAGCUCUCCACAGGAGCUGAUCAACACCAUGCAGCUAACCUGGAGCUUCCCUGUACCCUGGGCCACAAAGAUAGCACUGCUUUAACACCCAGAGAACCAGUAUCAAUGUCUGAACCAAACAAUAUCAGAGACCAAAACCUGUUGCUUUCCCAACCAGUGCCAGGAUAUCAGGAGAGACAAGAUGUCAUAGGAGGUCAGUAUGACCAGCCUCCUCCAUCCUCACAGGGUCUAGAAAGAGAUGAUGUGAAACUCAGGGACAGUAACACACAAGUGUCAUGGAGCAGAGAUCUGCAGGACGCUGAUGCAGCUUUCAGGAGUGUUGACCAGCAGCCGUUUUCUAGCCAAUACAGCGCUGUUCCUGGUGUUGGUCAUGAAGUAGAACAGGCCACAGGCUUGUCUGCCGUUGAUUCCCCAACAAGGACAGGUUAUGUCUCACACGCCCAUCUCACCCUGUCCCCCAAAGCCCCCGAUCACAGCCCGGCCGCUGAUAUGCAGUCCAGUCACACUGCUGCUGCUUCACGGCUGCAGGCUAAAGAGUUUGUCCCCCUCAGACACUCCUCUACAGCUGCCAGCAGUCCGGAUGAAGGUCUGGGUUCAUCCAGUCCGCUUGAGUCAUAUGAGACCAGAGAACCAAUAAGAGCAGAAGCCUCUGAAAGAGUGAGCACCUCCAAGUCGUUCCAAACUACUGUGCCUCAGGGAAGGAUGACCUCCACAUCCCCACAAUGCUUCCUUCCACCUCGCAGGCUUGCAGCUUCACCAAAGCCUUUAGCCAUUCAAAUACCAGCAGUGCCUGUCCUGUUGCCUUAUAAACCCCACGGCAGUGAGGAGCUCUUCUAUGUCCCUCAGACUGAAGCUGAAGUCUCCACUACCAGCAACUCUGACACCACCAUGGAAAGCUCACACCCUGGCUCAGACGACGCUGUUCCCCCACGCUUCAGCAGUGAAGUGCUGGGAAACCAAGACCCCCGGUUGGACCGCGGGGUCACCAUCAAACACACAGAGGGCAUCUACAGCAAGAGGUUCAAGACAGCCAACUUCAGAAUGCAAGAACCGGCACACAGAGGUGCCUCUGUGACAGCAGAUGGAAGCUCUCAGAUAAGUGUGAGUCAGACUCCUCAGUUGUCCUCUCAGGUAUCAGCUGGCUUGCCCAGGGUGCCUUUAUCAAGAAAUGAAGGUCUUUACACCUCCAAGAGAGACCAGGGGACCAGCCCAGUUCAGUUCCUCAGCUACAACCAAUCAGUGGCGAGACGUGAGGCAUUUCAGCCAGUCCGUGUGGAGAUGGGCUACCGUGCAGCCGGCCAGCACCCCAAAACCCACCUGGAGCAGAGCUCUGCCACUCAGGCUAGAACUGAGCAAGAGCAAGGCAGGUGGGACCCUGUCCUCACUCACACAGCGUCCCAGCAGAAUGCAGGCACUCUGGACGAGCUGUGGUGCAAGUUCAGCGAGAAGUGGAGCCAGGAGGAGUCCCGUCCAGCCAACAAGAAAGAGUCGUCACUGCUGGAGCGGCUUGAGCGCCUGUCUCGUCUCAUUCAUAGCACAUCAGGGGCAUCUAACUUGGCAGAACUGGAGGACGAGGCAUAUCAACGUCCUCACACCACAGAACAAGAGGUUGGGAGGGGUGGGAAUGUUUUGCUGAACAGGAAAGAAAGAAAAGAGAAUAUUGAAGAGACUGCUGAAGCCAGAGAAACAAGAGGCCAAACUGACAGGAAGGAGAGAGGAGGAAAAAAGGUUUACCAUAAACCUUUCACUUCUCGCCAGGCCUGGGUGCAGAAGCCGCAGAGAGAAGAAACAUCUCAUCUCACAGAGGAGGACAGCUCUGUCUCCAGCCUCUCCCAUUAUCCCACACAGAGGCAACACUUCUGUCCUGCAGAGAGAGACGAGUCGGAAACCCUGUCCACCGUAUCCACCAUGUCCGGCUCCAUAUCCACUGUGGAUACGGCCCGUCUGAUCCGGGUCUUUGGCGCUCAAAGGGUCCGACACCUGAAAGCGGGCUCUGGCCUCAGUAAACUGUACAGCACCAUCAACAAGCAGAAAGAAGACAGGGAGCAGAGGAGGGGAAGAGGGAAAAACCCAUCAAAACGUCACAUCGUCACGCAGUCAGAGACCACGGGCACAGAUGACUCCGUAGUUACUGCGGAUUCUGCAUCAUCAACCAGCACUGUCACCCUCCCCUCACACCGCAACCCUUCCCGCCCUCUGGCAGCAAAGAAAGCUGUGAAACUGGUCAGCAAAGGCAUCCAGGCAGGUGACCUGGAGAUUGUUAGUAACGGGACUCGCCGCCACACCAGAGACGUUGGCACCACAUUCCCUUCCCCCAGUGAAGCCAGGCAUUUAAAGACGAGGAAGAGCAGGAGAAGCUUCCCGAAGAGCUACCCACAAGCUGUUUCAUGGUUCAUCUCUGCAGAGGAACUGAGAUCAGAGGCGAGGAAGGAGAACCAGCCAGAGGAGGAGGAGGAGGAGCCGGCUUGGAGGCCGAGCGCUGCCUGGUUUGAGCCUUACAGCAGAACGACCCCCUGGAGAGAGCCGCUGAGACAGAGACACAUCCAGGAGGACUGGAACAGACAGCUCGGUGCCACACAUGCUGAAUCUGAUCCAGAGACAAGAGGCAAAACAUCGUCCUCUGGGCUGGUCCGCAUCACGCUCCAGGAGGCUCUGCAGAUGCGUCGUCCGGAGUUCAUCUCUCAGUCCAGGCAGAGGGUGAGGCGUCUGGCUCUGCAGACGGAGGAGAGGAAGCUGCGGGACGAGUUCAGCCGAGAGAGAGACGACCCCUUUACCCGAGCCGGGAGGCUGCUGAGACCUGCAGGCACCACUCUGUUGACGAGAGCCGUCCCCAGGAAGGAGAUGAUCCAGAGAUCCAAACAGAUCUAUGAGAACCUGCCUGAGGUGCAAAGGAGGAGAGAGGAGGAAAGACGGAAAGUGGAGUAUCGCUCCUACCGGCUGAACGCUCAACUCUACAACAAGAAAAUCACCAGCCGUGUACUCGGAAAACAGACGCCGUGGCAGUGAUCACAGACCAGCCAAGCUUUGUACUGUAGAUGAAACCAGAGCUGUGAAACCUUUUUUUAGCAGUUUAAUUAUUCAUUCAUGUAAAAGCUACCUAACAAAAAUACUUUUUAUUUAUGUGUGAACAUGUCUGUGUAUUUUAAAAGAUUAUGUGGAAAAGUAGCAUCACUGAAGUGUGUUGAGCCUUAUUCACGGACCAGAGCAAUGUUUUAGGUGGAGAAACUUGAAAAUGUGUUUUUAACGGAAAAAUAAACCGAUUUUCUGCAAAUAUG